AUGGCAACCACCCGCCCCAGCGACAGCAUCGACACCCGCAUCCCAGCCUCCUGCCCAGCACCGAUAUCCCAAAUCCUCUACCACUCCUGGCACCACGACCUAACAGGUCUCAAGCCUCUCCUCACGGUCCCCGAAAGCGCACGUGUCCAAGAACCGACCACGGGCGAAUCACCGCUACACGCCGCAAUCCGAGCAUGUGCGCCGGCGAACCAGGGGGAGCUCGGCGGGGACGCGGCGGACGUAGAGGAGCACGCGAAAGCGGUUGUGCACGAGCUGUUCAUGAGUGGCGGUAUAUGGAACGGGCUCGACGACAACGACGAGACGCCGGGGUGUGUGGCGGAGCGGCUUGGACUGAAGGGGUUGUAUACACUAUGCGUUGAGGCGGGUGUGAGAGCGGAGUUGCUGUUUGGGCUGUUAGACGGGUAUGAGGAACUUGAGUCUGAUGAUGGGGAGGAUGAGGAGGAAGAUGGGUCUAAUAAGGAAGAUGACGGUGAGGAAGAGGUGGAUACUACGGGUAGUGAUGCUGAAGCAGUUUCUGGGGAUGGGGUUGAGGCGGAGCAGCAUGUCUUUGUGUCGAAGCGUGCUCAGGGGCCGAAUGUCAACAGUGAGGAUUAUCUACGUUCGAACUUGACGUAUAGCGAUGGCAAGCUAGUGGACUCUGCCCAAAACGGCGUAAUGAUGGCCUGGGAAACAUCCAUCAUGCGCGCUUCCGUCGAUUCUCUGCUGCCUGAACUUCCGGCUGGUCGCAAGGUCCUAAACAUUGGAUUCGGCAUGGGCAUCAUCGAUUCUAUGUUCGCUGAAACGAAACCCUCCAAACACCACAUUAUUGAAGCGCAUCCAGCCGUGCUCGAGCAUAUCAACGGCUCUGACUCCAAGUUCGGAAAGGAUUGGGAAGCUAGCGGUGCGAGUGAUGGAGCUUACAAGGUUCACGCUGGAAAGUGGCAGGAUGUGCUUCCUAAGUUACUAGAACAGGGUGAGACAUAUGAUGCUAUUUACUUCGAUACGUUUGGUGAGGAUUACAACCAACUCCGUUUAUUCUUUACCGAGUAUGUUCCUGGUCUACUCGAGGACGAAGGCCGAUUCGGCUUCUUCAAUGGCUUAGGCGCCGACCGCAAGAUCUGUUACGAUGUCUACACGCAAGUUGUCGAGAUGCAUCUCAGUGAUGCGGGCAUGGACGUCGAAUGGCAAGUGUUAGACGUUGACAUGAAGGAUCUCGAGAAAGAAGGUGAGGGGGAAUGGAAGGACGUUAAGAGACGUUACUGGACUCUAGACAGUAAGCCAACCGACGCUUUUUUCUUGACUUCCACCAUUUUAAUAGCAAGCUAA